AUUAAGAAAAGCCUUCCAAUCUUAGCAGUUGGAUCUUUGAUCUUAGGUAUUGACCUGACAAUGGCCAUGUGCUUGGCCCUAAAAUUGUAUUUAAAUUUGUUCCAAAUGUGUUUCAUACAGUUGGAGUCCAGUCUGUGGACGCCUAUUGCUGGAGAGGACACAUUUUUGGGUCACCCUCAGUACUGCAUGGUGCGCCGUGAAAACCUUGAGUACUUCCCGAGGGGGCGGAGCUACUGGGAUCGACAUUUGCUGGGUGGAUACUUGUCGUCGCGGCUUGUUUCCGACCAACUAGGCAAGACAGUGAUGGAAUCAAUGAACUGGCCAUCGCUGACCGGAACCCUGGAGUGCGAGGUGCGACCGGUGCUUGGGUCUCCUGAGCUCAAACUGGAAAUUCAAGGGUUAACUCAAAGCAGUUAUGACAGUGGAGAACGCUUCUAUAUAACAGUGUUGCCAACAGUGCGCCUUGGCGAGAUGACGCUUACGGCGCAACGAGAGAUCACUGGGUCAUUCGACUACGUCUGGUACCAGAGCCUAUACACUAGCGAAACGGCUAGACUAGCGGAGCUUGACAAAGCAGACUCGGGGGUCAGAAGAAAGUGCCUGAAAACACUAAAGGCGGUGUGCUGCAACUGCCCUUCACUACGCAAGCUCAACGGCAGCCAUCUUGGCAACGUCAUUCUACAUAUGAGUGAAAAUGAAACAGAUUGGACGGAAUCAGCAUUUGCUGAUAGGUUCCUGCAGGCGAUCACUGAGCUAAUCGGAUAUUUGGAAACUGGAAUCUUGCCUAGUUACUUCAAACCUAAUGUGAAUCUGUUUCAGGGUUUUACUGAGGACGACAUUGAUGAGAUGGGCUUCAUGCUGUACUGUGCUGUAACUGAACCUGAGAUUCUACUGAUCUGAUUCACUCCCCCUCCUACUCCUUCUACGCACAGAAUAGUACUUUUAUCAAAACAACUCUCUAUGGCAACUGGCAUUAAUGCACCUUUAAACAAUGAAUGUAAAAUUACAUAUCAUUUCUAUAAGGUGUCUAUUCAUGGUCCCCUUAUGUGUAUUUCCACUUACCUACUCCUUGAAAGGGGAUUUUGAAGUGACAUUGGCUCCAUUUAACUAUGCAUCACUUACCUAGACAGACACUCUGCUUGGAUGUAGAUUUUAAAGAAGUGAGAGAACGCUUUCAUGGUUCAGACCAUUUGUCUGUGACUUAAGAUGGAUUUUCUUUUGUUGAUAACCUGUUCUGAGCUCUGCGUUGACCAUGUUUUACUAUUUAGCUUUUUGGAGCAAUGGCAGUAAUCACAGACAAUGCAAAGCUGUGUUGACUUUGAAGAAGCAAAUACUUAAUAGACAAUAAAGCUGUAAUGCAAUGCUUUUGUUGAGAAUAUUUUUAAAUACUUUUUUUUUUUUUUUUUUGGUCAGUUAUUCUUGCUUACAAUGUAGCAAAAUUACUGAGUGCGUUUGGGGAAAAAUGUGCGUUGAGGGUUGUCUAAACCUUUAUAAGUGUUGUUUUCCUACUUGCCCACAUUCUAGCCUUUUGUCAGUACUAGCAUAAAUGGCUAUGAAAAGACAGAAACAAUUAAACUAAAAGUUAUGUAAAAGCAGGUUUCCCUUUAUACAUCUUAUUAUAACUUGCAAACAAGUUUGGUUAAAAAAUAAAUAGCAGAAACAAAAAUAUUGGUAGGAUCAAACUUCAUGCCGAUCCUACACUGCUGAUAGGGUUACAUCCCAGCAAACACAGAACGUUAUGUUAGUUUUUGGUUCCCGUUUGAAUAUUUUAUUUUUUUUAUUUUUUUGAGAACCAAGAAAGGAAUGUUCUUUUUAGGUUUUAAUUUUUGCAACCAUAAAAUAAUGUUCCCAGAAGGUUGCAGGGUGGUUAUUAUUUAAUAACCUAAAAAUAACUUAUACAGAACGUUCUCCCUAAUGGUUAUUUUUAGGUUCUUAUUUUGCAACCAUAUAAUAACGUUCCCUGGACGUUGCAGGAUGGGUAUUUUUUAUGACCUAAAAAUAACUCAUACAGAACAUUCCCUAAUGGUUAUUUUUAGGUUAUUUUAAAACCCUGUAAACUAUCUUUCCAAUGAAAACAUUGCAGUUGUGUAAUGACCUAUGCAGAGCCCUGAAAUUAGUUUAAUACAGCAUUUACUACAGAAAUUAGAUAAAUCAAAUGUGUUUUAAAUUAUAAUAUUAAGCCAGUGUUAAGUAUAGAGUGAUAACAGAAAUCAUUCAUUUGUGGGUUUGUUUCAUCUUUAUUUACUGCACCUAACUGAAGAGAACAUGAUUUUUUGUUUUUGUUUAUGGAUCAAAAGAAGAAUGUCCCGCUGUACAAACUGUACACUUCAUUGGUAAGAAAUUAAUGUACUGAUAUCCUUCUUUAAGUCAAGUA